AUGGCGAUUGAGUCGUUCGAAGAGCUGAGCGCGCUCACGCUCGGGAACUAUCUCGAUAUGGUCGUCGAGGAAGCGCAGAAGGCCGCGGGCCCGCAGCGCGGCCAGGACCUGCUCGCGCUGCUCCGCUCGUCUCCCGGCGGCGUGGUGGACCUGGGCGGCAAGACGGUGUGGCUCAAGGGGGGGCUGCGUCUCAGGGACGAGCAGGGCGCGACGAUCAUGAACGGCACACUCCCCGACGGCUUCGUUUACCUCGAGGGAUCGCGCCGCGUCGGCCCUAACACAACGUCAAGGAUCUGCCUGCGCAACCUGACGUUCCGCGGGCCCGGGAAGCCCGCGGUGGCAGAGCCGAUCGUCGACGGCUACGGAAUCUCGAACGCGUCGCUGGUGUCCGUGCGCGGCGCGGUCGGGGUCGUGAUCGAGGGCUGCACGUUCGUCGGCGCCGCAAGGUCAGCGGAGUGGAAAGGCCUCGAUCGACCUGUCGACGUCAACAAUGACAAAGGCGUCUUGACGGCGGGUCUUCACGUCCGCACGGGCUCCGUUCGCGUCGAGAACUGCUGCUUCGUCGACAACGACGGCCCGGGGGUGUGGGCGGGGUGCGGCUGCCACGUCGCAGCGGUGACGGUGCGGAACUCGCGGUUCGGGGGCAACCGGUACUGCGACGUAGCAGCCGCAGCGAGCGGGGAUGUCGAGCUGGAGGGGUGUGUACUGGCGUCAGCUUGUCGAGUCAACCUGCUGGGCAUGGCGCAGGGCCACGUUCGCGCACGUGGGACGACGUUCUGCAACCGUCACGCCGGCGCCUCGGUGUCGUCGGGGUCCACGGCGGAGCUGGAGCGCUGCACGUUCGACGGCUGUCCGAUUCUGGCACUUGGGGGCGAACUGACGGCGACGGACGUGACAGUGACUGGAGUGCCCAAGCCCAUGCCCGGCGUUAUGAUCGCCGACGGCGCGCGGGGCACCGUGCGCGGUGCCAAAAUCUCGGGCAGCACUGGGCUCGUCGUGUGCGGCGGGAGGCUGGUCGCUAGCGGCGUUGUGUGCAGAGACAACGCCGACAUGGGUGGGGUUGUGGUCGGGCGGGGUGGUUUCCUGCUGCUGGAGAGGUCGACGCUGUGCAAGAACCUGAUCGGAAUCUGUGUCGUCGGGCAGGGCUCGACGGUCGAGGCGGCCGACGUUGAGCUGCACGACAAUGUCGACACCGGGGUGUGUGUGCAAGAAGGGGGGAGUGUCAAGAUGCGUGGCUGCAGCAUCAGCGGUGGGCGGUGCGGCAUAGUCGUCUCAGGGACGGGGGGGGCGCGCGCGACGGCGAAGGACACCGACAUCUCCGGGUGUGCGACGGCGUGCGUCGCGGCGCAAGAAGGUGCACGUGUUGCGCUCGAGGGCGGGCGCGUGACGGACAGCAAGGGGCCGGGCAUCGUGGUAAACGGCGCCGAGACGCGCGUGACAGUGAGCAAGGUCGCCUGUGCGCGUAACGCGGGAGGGGACUACGUGCGUGAUGAGGGGGGGAGUGUCGUGGGCAACGUGGUUGUGGAGUGA